AUGCUUCGAAAGACACGAUUUGUUUGCGUCUCUGAUACACACGGCUAUACACCAUCCGAAGCAGGCUUCAAGCUCCCAGCAGGGGACGUUUUGAUCCAUGCAGGCGACUUGACUAACAAUGGAAGCCUAAGAGAGCUCCGCAAGACGAUGGAUUGGAUAUGCAAUGCCGACUUUGAAAUCAAGAUCAUAGUUGCUGGCAAUCACGAUGUUACUUUGGACCCAACAUUCUAUGCAGAACACGGACGCAGCUUUCACAGCCAGUCCAUCGAAGACCCGCAGCAAUGCCUAAAACUCAUCUCGGAGUCGCCUUCAGUAGUCCUACUUCAACACGAGUCGGCCGUGAUUCGCUUAACGCGAGCAGGCGGUCCAAACACGAUCUUCAAAGUCUUCGGGUCCCCGUACUCCCAAUUCAAAGGAAACUGGGCAUUCGGAUACGACUCAAGUGAUGCAACAAGGCUAUGGGGUCAGAUACCACUCGACACGGACGUUGUCGUCACACAUACGCCACCACAAUCUCACUGCGACCAGAAACCAAAUGGAACAUCCGUUGGGUGUUCAGCACUUCGCAAGACAUUGAGCCUCAUCAGGCCGCACUUAGCCAUAUGCGGUCAUGUGCAUGAAGGACGAGGAUACGAAAGAGUCCACUGGCAGGCCGCGCUUACAGAUACAGAACAAGAUAUAGAAACAGAGACACAGACAGCGACCAACGCAGUUGACCAUGUCACUCGGGGCCAGUUGCCGCCCAUGGACAGCAAGAAACAAAGCCUGAUCGACUUAACCAGCAAACGGAACGAACGACUAGCCAACGAGGGAUUUUCGUGGCCCGGUCACGGUCACGGCCAUCCACAUCCAGCACAUGAGAUAUCAAACGAUGAAACGAUGUCAUCAGCCUCGCCGAAGUUAUCAGCAGGCGCCGAUCCUGAAAAGGCAAGUCCACGAAAUUCGCCGAACGCUCCGUCCCUGAGCGCGAGUAGCCCCAGCCCCAGUCUCAGAACCAGCACCAGCGGCACGAUCGGCCGUUUAGAUCACGCCUUGCGAACGCUCCGAAUGGAGACUUGCAUUGUCAAUGCGGCCGUCGUGGCCACCAGUUUCCCGCAUCGCGGAGGCAAACGUUUCAAUUCGCCCAUCGUUGUUGACCUCGAGCUUCCCGUGUGGCAAGACUCGGCCAACGGGUGA